AUGGAAAAUCCAGACCACAUUAUUUUACGUUGCCCCUUUGCUGAGGCUGUCUGGUUUGGUUGCACACUUUCAUUUAAGGUUCCAACUCAUGGAGAUUAUUCUCUCCAACGAUGGAUUGGUGAAUGGAACAAUGUUCAGAUGAUGAGGAAGAACCAAAUCAAGCUGUACCCGCUUCUUCGCAGCCAUGACCUUCUUGGAUUCAUUGAUGACAACUCUACUUCUCCUUCACCUAUUAUCACUCUUGCCGAUUUGACAACCCCCACAACCAAUUCGGCAUAUGUGGACUGGGUUAGCAAGGAUCAGAUGGUUCAAAAAACUUCCAAGGGGGAUAAGACUGUCUCUACCUACCUUAAAGAAGUCAAAUAUAUUGCUGACCAAUUGGUUGCAUCCAACAAACCUCUCUCCAAUGAGGAAAUGUAUGCCAAUGUAUUUCGUAACCUAGUUUUGGACUUCAACGACGUUGUGGCUGCUCUUGCCACCAAAUCUAAAGCCAUUUUUUUGUCAGACUUGCAUCGCCUUUUUAUCAGCCAUGAGUUGCGACUAAAGGCCGCUCAAAUUGUAGUUGAGGCUAAUGCUCAUCAGGUGCGAUUACACGAUAUUGCUCCUCACCAUAAUGGCUGCAUUGAUGAUCGCAAGUCCACGAGUGGAUUUGCAAUUUUUAUGGUUGUGAAUCUUAUAUCCUGGUUGGCUAAGAAGCAACCAAUCAUUUCUUGGUCUUCAACUGAAUCUGAAUAUCGAGCUCUAGCCAAUACCACUACCGAACUUGUUUGGCUCACCUCCCUUGUACAAGAGCUUGAUAUUCAAGAUUCUCAACCUCCUAUUCUAUGGUGCGAAAACUUGGGUGCUACUCAUCUCAAAGUAAAUUCAUUGUUCCUUGCUCGCACCAAGCAUAUUAAGGUGGAUUUUCACUUCAUCCGUCAUUUUGUCCAACAGGGGGACCUCAGGGUCAAGUUCAUCUCUACCAAAUAUCAAUUGGCAAAUAUCUUCACUAAGCCACCCUCCACCACUUGA